AUGACUAGUGAAGAAUCUGAUAACUCUAGGCCGAGAUUCUUUAACCCAGAUUUAGAAGCAGAACUAAAGAAUCAAGACUCAUCACUAUUUGUUAAAUCUUGUAGUGAUGAUGAUUAUGAGCAACCAACCGGAAUAGACAAAACGACCUUUUUUGGUAGAAUUAGGGAAGUUUUAGGCUCUAUAGAUCAGUUCACUUUGGAUUCAUACUGGAAUAUAUAUCAGGGUCAUGAGGACGGUGUAAGUAAAGCAAUUCAAGAUUAUCUAGAUAAAACUGCCAUAGUAAUUACAGAUGGAGAGCAAAGUUUUCAGGAGAAAACAGAAAUUGAAGACGAAGGCGUCCUUAAUGAAUCUAAAUAUCAUAAGAAGAGUGUGGGAAUUGAACUCACUAACUUUAGCGGUGUUAAGAGACAAAAAAAGAAUCCCACAUGGAAAAGGUUUUUGGGUUCCAUUCAAGUCAACGCUAUGGCUACAAGACCUACUACGAAACCGCUUGAAUAUGGUACUGUUUUGCUUUUAAAAUAUACUCAAGGACAGCCACAAUUUAAUUCAAGGUUUAAGAAGUUUCCUCAUUCACAGUAUGUGCGGUUUUAUAACGGGGCGACAGAAAGAGAAUUAGGCAGACUACCGGACGACAUUGCAGAAAUUGUUUAUUUACUUCUAGGUUCUCAAGAAGUGGUUUUUAAGGCCACAAUGAUAUUCUGUAAUAACAGAAGGCUCAGUGUUGGUGAUGUAUUUGUGGUUCAGUUGGACUGUUACAUUACCUCGUUAUUAUUUGAAGGUGAAAAACGAAAUGAGUUUCGGUCGCGUAUGUCUCUUGGGAGAAAUGGGGACUCUGAGAAUACCAAUGAGGUUAGAAAUCGGGCUCUCAUGAUGCUUUUUGAGAGAGUAAACAUUAAAUCUGUGAAUCCCAAUGAUGACAGUCAAAUCGAGGCCGAAGUGUACGAUUUGGAGGAUGAGACGUGUAUUGAUACCAUUGCUUCUGCGCAGAAUCUAGAGGAACAGCAGGACUACCUAAACAUGAAUCAACUAAAGAACUUCUACAAAAUUGCGCAGACAUCUUUUAUUAAUAAUAAAUCUGAACUUCAACCUCCUACUGAAUCUUUUAGUCUGGAACUACGUCGAUAUCAAAAACAAGGUCUGGCAUGGAUGCUAGGAAAAGAAAGGGAGCAUGGGUUGAUAACAGAGUUAGGUGGGACUACCUAUUCAGCUGAGGAAAUAAUAAAUCCAUUAUGGAGGAAAUACCGUUGGCCUACCAUGCAAUCUGAAGACGUAGGGUUUGAUGCGAACGUCUCUGAGAGUACAUAUUUUUAUGCGAACCUACAUGUCGGUAAAUUCUCUGUCGAGAAACCAGUAAUCGAAUCGUCCAUUCGUGGUGGUAUAUUGGCAGAUGAAAUGGGGCUUGGUAAGACUAUUUCUACAUUGGCUUUAAUAUGCACUGUCCCGUACGACCUAGAAUAUACCAAGCAGCAUUCCAAGUACGAAAUUGAAAAUUCAAAGUCCCCACAUGAUAUCCUGAGUGUAAAAUCUGAUGAUAUUAAACCUUAUGCAUAUAAGACAACAUUAGUUGUCGUCCCUAUGUCACUUUUAGCACAAUGGCAAAAGGAAUUCGAAAGUUGUGCAAGAAACAAAGACAUGCGUUGUGAAAUAUAUUAUGGCAAUAACGUUUCUAAUCUUUUAACUGUAUUAACAAAAACAAGUAACCCCCCAACUGUACUAUUAACCACUUACGGUAUCAUUCAAAAUGAAUGGAGAUCCAUAAAAUAUACUGGAUCAAAUGCCAAUACAGAAGGAUUAUUUGCUGUAGAGUAUUUUAGGAUCGUCAUUGAUGAAGGGCAUACAAUUAGGAAUAGAAACACGAAGACCUUCAAAGCUAUAUUAGAUCUUGCUGGUAAACGUCGGUGGGUUCUUACCGGAACGCCGAUUAUUAAUAAACUUGACGAUCUUUAUAGUUUAGUAAAAUUCCUCAGGCUGGACCCGUGGUCUCAAAUUGGGUACUGGAAACAAUUCAUCUCUGAUCCUUUUGAGAAAAGGAACUAUAAGGUAGCGUUGGAUGUAAUGCAGGUAAUCUUAGGCGCUGUAAUGCUUCGCAGAACGAAAUCAAUGAGAGAUAACAAUGGUUUGCCGUUGGUAGAAUUACCACCAAAAGAGGUUAUUGUAGAACAAGUACAGUUCAAUGAAUUUGAAGACAAACUAUACAAAGAUUUUCUACAUGCAGCAGAAAAUUCGGUCAAUGAAGGACUUGAAAAGGGUGACUUACUGAAAAGAUAUUCAACCAUUCUAAUCCAUAUAUUGAGACUACGGCAAGUGUGUUGUCAUGUUAAACUACUAGGCAGUAAUGAUGAAAACGACGAAGAUCUUCGUAAUAACAAGCUUAUUGAUGAUAGUCAGAAGAUAGCUGGUACCAUAAGAAAAAUUGAUCCAGGAUCUGGCUCUACAGAAGAUCUUUUAGCACAGAGUAUUAAGUUGUUAGAAGCGAAGUAUCCAACUGAAGAAGACUUCAACAAUCUAGAAUGUUCAAUCUGUACAUCAGAACCGAUCAGUCCUUUGACCUCAGUCGUUUUCACCAAAUGCUGUCAUAGUUUUUGCGAAUCGUGCAUUUCGGAAUAUGUUCGUUUCCAGCAGAAUAAGAAGCUCGACCCAUCGUGCCCAAAUUGUAGGUCGCCAAUAGUCACUGGCGAACUUUUAACACUGGAUAAUUCUAACAGCGUUAUUAAAGUAGUGCCAUAUGAUGAUAAAUCAAAAUCAUCAAAAGUAAGGGCACUAUUGAAACAUUUGAAACUGAUACAAGUAACAUCGCCUGGUGAGCAGGUCGUGAUAUUUUCCCAAUUUUCCUCGUACCUAGAUAUUUUGGAAGAGGAAAUCAAACAAUCGUUCCAAUCAUCUGACGUUACUAUUUAUAAGUUUGACGGGCGUUUAGCUUUGAAGGAGCGUAGUAGGGUUCUCGAAGGAUUUAAAACCAAAGAAUACGGCAAAACUAAAAUACUGCUUCUGUCAUUAAAGGCAGGCGGGGUAGGAUUAAAUUUAACAUGUGCAUCACGAGCAUUUAUCAUGGAUCCAUGGUGGUCCCCAAGUAUGGAAGACCAAGCAAUGGAUAGAGUACAUCGAAUUGGACAGUCAAAUAGUGUCAAAAUUGUACGGUUUAUCAUGGAAAAUAGUGUAGAAGAAAAAAUGCUUCAGCUUCAAGACAAGAAACGAUCCCUCGGUGAACUAGUAGGGGCAGAUGAGGACGAGAGAAAGCAGCAAAGGAUUGAAGAAAUUCAAAUGCUAUUCAAAUAA